GGCCACAGCUGUCUAGCAAGUUUGCAGCCCUCUUUAACAUAAAAUCAAAACAAAUUUGUUUUUAUAUAAGUUUUAUUAGAUAUUUGAUAAUUUUUUAAGCACUAAUGCCACGUAAUCUGAAUGCCGAGAGGGACAAUCCCUGCCUGAAGGAACAGGAGCUAUCGUUCAAAUGCCUCAACAAAAACAACUUUGAUCACGAGAAGUGCGAAGUAUAUUUUGCGAAUUAUAAUAACUGCAAAGAGUUUUGGAACAAAGUUAAAAGUGAGCGAAGAGCCAAGGGACUAGCUCCAUAUCUACCGCCGUUGGAGGAACGAGAAGCUAUUAAGGCCGAAUAUAUGAAAGGAAAACCGCAGCAGAACUGAUAUAAUAAGCUAUUUAAUUACUUUUGUAUAUAAAUAAAUUAGACUUCAACUGCCAAA